AUGGGGAAGAGAAUGUUGAGAGUAGAAAUGGGAAGUGCUGUGAGAGAAAUAUGUACUCGCUUUAAGUUAUUGGAAAGGUGUGGAAAGAAAACGUUAAUGGUGAGGGAAAUAGUGACCAGGAGUUCUGAAUAUGAGAAAAAGCAAGAUGAAUAA